AUGCAGUCUGCGCAGAUCAUUUUAUUGUCUACGGAGGUAAGAGGACCGCAUGUGCAUGAGCUAAAGGUGCGUCUGACUAUACAUUAUCAUUUUUAAAACAUAUUUCCAUGUGUUAAGAUACGGUUUAGGUGUGGAAGAGUUAUUUUGCUUUAAAUUCAGUAAGUUAUUGGUGUGAUUACGUAGUUUUUCAACAUCGCUAACAAACUAAUUCAGGGUUCCCUCGCGUCCUGGAAAACGGUCAACUAGUUUUCCAUUACUGGAUGACACCUGAAAAAUGGGAGAAAUGUCCUGUAGAAUUACGCAGUGGGACUUCACACCCGCCCAACCUGGCAACACCGGUCGAGCAGAGAGCUUUGGAGCGUCUGUGCUCCUAAACUUCCCCUGCAGGCUGAGAGCUCAUUUACCGUACUAUAGCUAGUAGCAGCGCAAACUCCCGAUAGUGAAAACCAAACGGAACAAAAAGAGCGUCACGGCUGCAUGGAAACUGCACAUUGUAGACAUCUCUGAUCACAGUAGACAUCGCCAAGACUGUUUAAACUUUUUUUUAAACCUCUGAGUUUAAAAGCAGACAGCUAAACAGGAGGACAUUCUGUAUUUGGUUAUUUAGACAACCGAAAAUCUUUUUUUUUUCUUGUUAUUUGUGAUGUUUUUAAUUUCCCAGAUCCAUGGAUGUACCAUAGAAGCUAAUACUGACCUCUUCAACUUCUCCCUCUAUCAACAUCAGGCCCUGCUGCUCCCAGCAAUGAUGGAGUGUUACCUGUGGCAAGGCCGGAUGCAGCAGGGUCUCUGCUCUUUCGUGGAGUUCCGUGGGGCAGUCAAUUUUGCUGCCCUGGAAAAACUGUGUCCCGCUCUCAACAUUAUGCCUUCCUCUGUGCCACUCUUCCUUCCACAGCUUCGAACAGUACAAUUUUAUGUACAUCUCCCCCACAUGAACUGA